AGAAACUUAUGCCUGAUCAAUCAUAGUGUCAAAUCUUCAAAGGAUUUUUUUUGACGAUUUUGAUGUUACAUGUAUAGCUCAGAUGAGGGAAGUUCCCGAACCGCUGUCAACAAACCUUAUCGUCCGAAUGCGAGGCCUGACAAAAUACUCCACUCUUCUCAUACUAUUCUGGAUUGGAGCACUAACGCUUUAUAUCAGUUUUCAACAAAAUGAAAACGACAAGCCAAAAGUACUUGAAGAGAAAAUACAAGAACAGAACACCGCUCCCCUGAUCUUUAUCGGGGGAGUCCCCCGCAGUGGGACUACGUUGAUGAGGGUGAUGUUAGAUGCCCAUCAGGAUAUACGAUGUGGCGAGGAAACACGUGUUAUUCCGAGGAUUUUGAAAGCUAGACAUGAAUGGACGAAGUCUGAGAGGGAGAGAUCCAGAUUGGCCGAGGCAGGGCUUAACGACCGUGUGUUAGAUUCAGCUGUGGAAGCAUUUAUUAUGGAAAUAAUUCAAAACCACGGCGAUCCAGCUCCAUGGCUGUGUAACAAAGAUCCUUUUACAUUGAAGCACAGUACUUACCUCAGUCAAUUAUUCCCUAGAGCUAAGUUCUUAUUAAUGGUUAGAGAUGGACGAGCAAGUGUUCAUUCCAUAAUUUCCAGAAAGAUUACAAUAACCAAUUUUGAUCUAAGAGAUCCAAAGAAAUGUCUGGAAAGAUGGAAUAGCAUCAUAGAGGCGAUGUAUAAUCAAUGUCUUCACAUCGGACCACAUCGAUGUAUGCCGGUGUAUUACGAACAGCUCAGUCUUCAUCCGGAACUCUGGAUGCGGCGAAUAUUAAAAUUCUUGGAGAUUCCUUGGAGUAACAAUGUGCUCCAUCACCAGGACUUUAUAGGAAAAAAAGGAGGCGCUUCUUUGUCACAGUCAGAGAGAUCGACAGACCAGGUGGUAAAACCAGUCAACCUUGAAGCCCUCAGUAAAUGGGUGGGGACAUACUCUAGCAGCACAGUCAGAAACAUGGCGAAGAUAGCACCAAUGUUGCGGAGGUUAGGGUACGAUCCUGAACUAAACCCUCCACAGUACGAUCAUAUGGACCCAAGGAUUGCGGACAAUACUCUUCAUCUACAACAAUACAAGAAGUAUUGGAGAAAUAAAGGGAUAGAUGUCACAGAUCAGAUGUUAUAGGUUAACAUGUACAAGAUCCGUGUAAAUAGUAAGAUGAGCCUUCUAUAAAAGUUUACAUAAAUCUAUGUAUUAAUACGUUCCACAAAAAUUACCUCAGUCUAUAUUCACCUGUGAGAAAAUGGAAAUGAAAAAGAAUUGUUUAGAGAUGAAAGGGUCUAGAGAUAGUUGUUUGUUUGAAUUACACUGCAGUAUUAAUGUAUUAUAGCUCAAAGUAAAUUAUUUGGCAAAUUCUACGCUACCAUUGUUCAUCAUAACCACAUAAAAUCAUUUACAAAAAGGAAACUUGAUACUAUUUGAUAAUUAAUGCGAUGAUUAUGAAUUAAGAUGAACGCAUUGCCUUAAGGACAAUACAUUUACAUUUCCCCUGGAUAAUAGUUAUACUUCACAGCCGUUUUGAUUGAAUUAAAAAUACCGUACUACAUGUGAUAAUUUGUUUGCAUGCUGGUAAUGACUUCUUGUAAGAAGUACAUACAUGCAACAAACAGCCAGGUUUCUAUCUUGUCCAAAUCUUUAGGGACUGGGUUACUGUGUCAAAUUUGUACAAGUAAAAAUUCAAAUACUGUGUCUGUAAUUAAUGUGACAGAACAGUACUGCCAGUAAACAAAAGUCAAAUUAAUAUACGACACCAAUCUGCAAAGAAUAGGAGAUAAAAGUUCCUUGCAUAAUUCAACCCGUCCAGAAUAUGUUAAUUCGCCUUUCUCAAUUUAUCAGUUGGGAAAAACAAUGUUCAUUCUUAAUUAGAAUUAUGAUGAAGCUAAAUAUGGAAUGUAAACGUAAACAGAAUUAAUUAUGACGUUCAUUUAUUAAUUUAUUUGGAUUUUUUGACAUGUUCAACGAAUUAUGGUACACGUUUCAUACCAGGAUAAACAUACCAUUAAUUUUAUUUUUUAUAUAUUUUUUGUUUAUUUAUAUAGGUUUUUUCUUCGUUUUUAUAUAAUGGAUAAGACCUUUUGGUAUAUUUUACCUUAUUUUUAUUGACAAUUAGUUGCCAUUUACUUAAUUGUAGACUUUUCUUUGAAAAUGAAUAAAUCAAGAUCCCUGUUACAUAUCACUUUCAACUCACAAAAAAUGCCUCAUUUAUUAUACCCCCGCUCCGAAGGAGAGGGGUAUACUGUUUUCCC